CUUCAGUCGUUGUUUUGGUCUUUUCGCAAAUAAAAACGUGAAAAUUGUGCAGAAAAUUCUUUUAGAGAAUGUCUCAGGCAGAGGAAGUGAAUGGGACGGAUGAGGUGCAGGAUAAGAAACAGAAAAAAGCCGCUCGUCACGAUGGCGGGGUGGCUGAUCUCGAGAGGGUCACGGAUUAUGCGGAAGAGAAGGAAAUCCACACGGCUGAUAUUUCCAAUGCUGUGAAUAUGUUUGGGGACAAGCGGAGCAAGGAGGAUGAGGAGAAAUUGGCCAAGGAGCGUGAAUUGCAGAAGGUGCAAAUCAAGAAGGAAGAUGUCGAAUUGAUUAUCAACGAAAUGCAAAUCUCCCGGACGAAUGCCGAGAAGACGCUUAGGGAACACCGAGGGGAUGUUGUAGCUGCCCUGGAGGCACUGACCAAUUGAUCUCAACGGGGAAGGGGACUUGGUGCAAAUUCACAACUUCCGGGAGCUGCUCUCACACACUCAACACACAGCUCCCAACAUCAUCCCAUUUGCGAUCACCAGAGACUCUAGACUGUGUCUAGGCGGGGUUUUGAAGAAAAAAAAGGCUUAUAUUUGUAAGACGACGAUAUUUGAGAAUAUAGAGGAAGAUUUUCCAAGAUAA